UACUUACUAGUCACUCUCAUCUCAGCCGCGUGGUGUCAUCUGGUUCAACAAGACCCACGAACACAGGUCAGUCAACUCCAGUCAACUGCCCCCACCAACACAUAAACAACUCAAUCACUCCUCUAAUUAUCUAUAUUUUCCUAAAUUCUAUGUAAAUAAUUUAAUCAAUCAACAAAUAUCUCUCGAUUCUCUCUGUCUGAGAAUCGUCAUCACAUGGCCGAGAAUUCAAUUCUGGGUAGUUGUUAUCUGAAUCUCUGUCUCGUCGUUUUGUUCGUAUUUAUAUGCUUUCAUGGUCAAUGUUCCUCGCACGAAGUCCAACGUGGUGCUCCGUACAAUUCCUUCACUGUCUCAAGCUUCAGCUAUUCCAAAACCCAGCUCAAACCCUACGAUUGGCGUUAUAUCAGAGUUGAUUUGCCACCAUGGUUCUCUUCAAUGUCAGUUGCAUUGGAGUCAGACAUAGAUCUUGAUCCUAAAAGCAUUAAAAAAGUUCCCAGAAGCCGGAUACCGAUGAUAUGCCUACGAGAAGGCGGCCCUCCUCUUCCGGAUGCUUAUAACACUUCUUUGAUCAGUUUAGUUUUAGAUCCUAUAUCAAAUGGAUCUUUUGGAGACAUACAAGGUCUUCAGAAUGAGGAACUCUGCUAUCUCAUGCAGAAAAAUAUAUCCGUCACACUAACAAAUGAGCAGAUCUCUCCCGGAGUCUGGUAUUGGGGUCUAUUUAAUGGCAUUGGACCUACAAGGACACAGUCAAAGAUGAUUAUUCGAGGCCCAGCUUACUCAUUCAGUGGCAAUGUAAGUGUGGAAGGAUGCAAAUCCCCAAUGCAGUUGGGCCAAUAUUGCAACAGAACGGUUGAUCUGCUUUCAUGCGCAGACAACUACAAUUUAACAGGAAAUCUUUCAGAUACUAAAUUGUACAAUCAAACAGAAGCAAACGUGGUCUCUUGUACAAAUUCUGAUGGGAAUUCUUGCCACGGAGACAGUGAACCAAAGAUCUACUCCUUGGAUGUAGUGGAUAUAGCAGAACAACUAACCAUAAUGGCAACAAAUGUGAGAUUCAAUGAAACAGCAUCCAAUGGUAGGGUGAAUGAUAAUGGAAUUAUUUUGACAUGUUAUGCACGUCACGGUGCAAUACCACUUGCCACGUUGCCUGAUUAUUCUGCUAAUAUCAGCAAAAACCCUUUGGUUAUACGCUCACCAAAAGUUGGCCGCUGGUAUAUUGCAAUUCAUCUUGUUAAUCUGUCAAAUGAAAUUGGAGGGGUUCAGGAUGUGAAUGUAAAUGUCUGCUAUUCUUUGGACUGGCAAGUACUUCAGUGUCCUGAGGGGAAGGCUGGAUUGAACUGUACAUGGGAAAGAUACAUGCUUCAGACCGUUCUCAGGAAGAAUCCAUCCGUUCCUUUUGAAUCAUAUUAUUUACCAAUAAGCGAAAGGGUAUCAUCAAAAUCAGCUAAUUUCCCUCUUGAACCUCUUUUAAGCAACUCCUCAAAUGACGGAAAGUUGGAUUUUGUUUGGACAUAUUUUCUUCUGGACGUUCCUUAUGGUGCUUCUGGAGGCAAUCUUCACGUCCAACUAAAGUCCGAUGCAAAAAUAAACUAUGAAAUAUAUGCCAAAUAUGGUGGAUUGCCAUCUUUUGAUAGUUGGGACUACUUCUACGCAAACAUGACAAGUUUCAGCAAUGGCUCAAUGUUUUUCAAGCUGUAUGAUUCAGGUGAUGAAACGGUUAGUUUCUACAUCUUUUAUGUUAGAGGCGGAACAUGGAGUUUUGGAUUGAGGCACCUAAACCCGAGUGAUAAUACUACCAAAAAUCAAACAACUUUGUCUAUUUCACUAGAGAGAUGCCCAAUGAAAUGCUCUUCUCACGGGACGUGUCCGUCUGUUCUGGAUACAAGUGGAUUGACUUUAUACAGUUAUUGUUCUUGUGAUAGAGACCGCGGAGGCUUUGACUGUAGUGUCGAGAUUGUUUCACCUCAAGCCUUUUCUAAAGGAAAAAUGCUGAAAACUCGUGUAGGACACCUUUGGCAAUCGAUUUCUCUUAUUGCUUCCAAUGCUGCUGCUGUACUUCCUGCUUUUUGGUGCCUUCGCCAGAAGGCAUUUGCGGAAUGGGUUCUUUUCAUGUCUAGCGGCAUUGCUAGUGGAUUAUAUCAUGCAUGUGAUGUAGGCACCUGGUGUCCAUUAUCUUUUCACGUGUUGCAGUUUUUGGAUUUUUGGCUCUCUUUCAUGGCGGUGGUGAGCACUUUUGUAUACCUAGCUGAUAUCAGUGAUGCUUCUAAGAGGACAAUUCACACAGUUGUAGCAAUUGUUACAGCCCUUAUGGCUGAAACUGGACCAACCAGGUCUACCAAUAUUGUUCUUGUAAUAGCAAUCGGGGCAUUUGGACUUCUUAUUGGGUGGCUGAUUGAAUUUUUUACGAAAUAUAGGUCUCGUUCGAUUUCAACAGUAUUCUGUCUAAAUAUCGUCAACAGGUGGCAAACCGUUAAGGUAUGGCUCCAUAAUCUCAUGAAGACGAUUCUAAAACGUUUCCGCUGGGGAUAUGUACUAGCAGCGUUCACUGCGUUAGCAAUGGCUGCCAUUAGCUGGACACUGGAAUCCAGUGAAAGCUACUGGGUUUGGCACAGUGUGUGGCAUGUGAGCAUAUACUCUUCUUCCUUCCUCUUCCUCUGUUCAAAAGCAAUUACUAUAGAUAGCGAGAAUCAAAAUCAAAGACCUCCAGAUGGGAACUACGAGUUAACUCGUCGUGAUUCUUUUUCAAGAGGUGGAACAGAAUGACCGUAAAAGACAUAUUCCUAGGUAUAACAAGCUCCGAGGGAAGACAAGUUUUUGUCACGGUGCUGAGACUGAACAAGUCGGUUUCUCUGCAUUGUCUGAAGAUUGACUGAAACGCCUCCAAAUAACACCCUUUUCGCUACUUCAACUGAAGCAGUUUGUUGUAUUUGUUCUCAUUUACCGGUAUGGUUUUAGGAAUCAGGUAAUCAUUUGUAUGUAUAUGUCAAUCUGUAUAAAUCUUUUAGAUACAGAAAGAGCUGAGGGAAAAGAGAAAUGUUAUAGGAAUUGUUUGUUUUUGUUUUUCUUUCUAGGAGGUGGAAUAGAAUAACCUGGUUGAAGCGUAAUGAUCAUACAUUUGUAAUGCAUUGUAUGUCCCAUAAUAGGUCCCAUUCGUCUAUCUUUUCCCGGAAGUCGAUGACUAUUCAUAGCUAUUACCUUGACAUCAUAGAAGAGUUCGAUCCAACGCUUUAUUUCUAUCC